AUAAAAAUCGGAUACAAGCGAUUAAAUGUCACAGAACAACCCUGGGACAGCAGACUUCAUGUUCCUGGAAAAAAAUAAAAAAUCAUCAUCCUCCUUCAAAAUCAAGAAAGGCGGCACCCCCAUGGCCCUCUUCACAAGAACCAGCAGUCAUCCCAACACCACCGACCCCAUUCCCUGUGGGGCAGACAACACUACAGAGCCUGACCUGCCACGCUCACAUGCCUACUAUGCCCUCUGCUACUGCAUCUUGAUUUUGGCCAUCAUCUUUGGGAACGUGCUGGUCUGCUUAGCCGUGCUGAGGGAACGCACUUUGCAAACCACAACAAACUACCUUGUGGUGAGCCUGGCGGUGGCGGACCUGCUGGUGGCUACUUUGGUGAUGCCAUGGGUGGUGUACCUGGAGGUGACCGGAGGAGUGUGGACUUUCAGCCGCAUUUGUUGUGAUAUCUUCGUCACCAUGGAUGUAAUGAUGUGCACAGCCAGCAUUUUAAACCUCUGUGCUAUCAGCAUUGACAGGUACACCGCAGUGGUGAAACCAGUUCAAUACCAGUACAGCACUGGGCAGAGCUCCUGCAGGAGGGUCUCUCUCAUGAUCGUGAUAGUCUGGAUGCUGGCGUUCGCAGUGUCAUGCCCGCUCCUCUUUGGCUUCAAUACUACAGCGGAUCCCAGUGUCUGUUCCAUAUCCAACCCUAGUUUCAUCAUCUACUCCUCUUUGGUGUCCUUCUACCUCCCCUUCAUGGUGACCCUGCUGCUCUAUGUCCGGAUUUACCUCGUGCUAAGACAAAGACAAAAGAAGCGAACCCUCACCCGGCAGGGCAGCCAGAGCGCCAGCACCAAACCGGGUUAUGCACACAAAGAACACGUGGAGAGAAAAGCUUUGUCAAACAGAUGCCAAGGCACCUUUUCCCCCUGUCUCCCACUCAAAUGCUCAGGCCGGGAGAUGUCAACCCCAAGGAAGUUGCUGACUCCCUUCAGCCUGCAGCGGUAUCGCAGCUUCUGCCACGAGGCAUCCCUCACCAAGACACCAGGGACUACACAGCACAGCAGGCUGGAAGAAAGGAGAAAGAGCACGAAGCUGGGACUGGAGGUACAGAGGCUCAGCGAUGGCAAAACCAUCAGCUCUUUGAAGCUAAACCACCAGCAGCCCCGGCUGAUCCAGCUUCGGGAGAGGAAGGCUACCCAGAUGCUAGCUAUUGUCCUGGGGGCAUUCAUAGUCUGCUGGCUACCCUUCUUCUUGAUUCACAUCCUCAACACCCACUGCCCGUCCUGCCACGUGCCCCCGGGGCUUUACAGUGCCAGCACCUGGCUUGGUUACGUCAACAGCGCCCUCAACCCCAUCAUCUACACAACCUUCAACACUGACUUCCGCAAAGCUUUCCUCAAGAUCCUCUGCUGCUGACCAUGGGACUGGCACAGGGCUGCAUGGACUGUGGUUUGCAACAAGACUCUUGGGCUGGGGACAAGGAGCAGGGCCCUUCCCUCUAUCUGCUUUACACACCGCAGGGAGUGAUGCCUUUCCCUUGGCUGGGAGCAGUGGCAGUCGGAGCAACGUGCACACCCUCUGCACCGGAGCGAGGGGCAGGAACGUGCCCCAUCUCCACAGCUGGCUUCCCACACCGAGCCUCCAUGCUCCUGCUUCAGAGAGCACAAGCGCUUCCCACUUCUGGGGAGGGAGGGGAAGAACACACAGAGGCCAACCAGUGAUUCCCUUGUUGGGCACAGCAUUGGGCACAGCAGCACUAUCAGUGUUCCCCCUCCUCCUAAUGCAAGGACCAGCGAUAGAUUGGCCACUACUUAUCUACCACACACCAGGUCAUCUACUGGGGCCACUAAAUAAUGAACUAGGCUUAGGAUAGCGCCAGUCAUGCCCGCAAUAGCUUCAAACCUGUUUUUUUCAGGUGGGGCAGUUUGCACGCACCCUGUCUCAAAAUUUGUUUGGUUUUGGAAGCAGUCUCGAUUUGUGAUCCUCUCCUCAUCAGGAGCACUGCUAGAUUAAACACUUUUUUACCCCCAGCAGCACUAC